GUUUCGAGGACGUCUGGGUAGUCUCAUUUAUGCCCUGGGCGCCCCCCUACCCUCCUUCCCCUCUACUCUACCCCCUUCCAGUCCUCCUUUAUCCCUCUCUUUACCCCUCUUUUAUGCAAGCGUCCCUGGCCCCUUCACUCUCAAACCGCUGCAGACUCUUGGACCUUCGCAUGACAAGUCCUUUGAUAACAGCUUGUCCAGAUUUGACUCCUCUCCGGUCACUUUGCAAGUGUUCGGCUGCACUCAGAUAAAGUGCCCAUUCAAGCGGCAGUAAUCUCCUGCUCUGACCCAAACAUGAGCCCCCCGUGGACCCUGACCCUCUUCCUGCUCUGCCUCCCUGCCCUACCCGGCUCCCAGGCCAAACGCCAGAGCUCAGAGCCCAGUCCAACAUCAGCAGCCGUGGCCAAACCACCCAGGAACAAGUCUGUCCCCGGGUCCGGAGAGCUCUCCACCAAGGACGGCCACCGUUGCACCUGGGAGACCUCCGGAGAGGGCGUGGUUUCCCUCCUCAUCCGCUGUAGCUUCAGCCCUCCGGGAGAGGGACAGGAGGAGGAGUCAUACUGGUGCCGCUACGCAGGCCAGCCAGACCUCUGUCCCGCCUACGGUGCCAAGUCCAGCCAGUACUGGAAGCAGCUGGUGGGCAAACUGAAAAAGAGGAGGAGAGCAUGCGACGGAGAGAAGGUCCUGAAGACUCGCACCUGCAAGAAGGCUCCUGCAGAGGCACACAUGAAGCUGGCCCAGCGCAGCGGAGAGGAGGAGACCAGGAAGGGUGGAGGAGGGAAAAAGAAGAGUUUGGAGACCCAGGCUCCUGAGGUGAUGAUGGAGAAGAAAAAGGAAGAGAAGAAAGAAGAGAAGGAAGAGAAGGGGGAGGAUAAGAAGGAAGACAUGGACCUGGCAGGAUUCCCGCUGGAGAGAGAAGAGGGAGAGGUGAACGACAUGGAUCCUGUGGAGGACUACUGUGCUGAGGGCUGGCAUUCCGUCUGCUCCUUCUUUGUCAGGUUCUUCGAGGGCUGAAAGGACAUUCCGACAAACUCUUUCCUGUGUCCCAAUUCUCCAUCUUUCUCCCUGAAGAGGGCACUCAUGCAGUCCCCCACUAUCACGGAUGGAAAAGCAAAAGAUUAGUGUCGAUGGAGAACAUGUUCACACCUACUAAAGGGAGUGCAAUGAGGCAAACUACAUGAAAGCUAGGGUUGAGAAUUAGCUCUUUUAGUAUAACCAUAACACUAAUGUACUGUCCCCAGGCACCGUUUAAGUUUCAAACUAAAUUCAAUCAUUAUCAGUCAAGUUACUUACAUUGAUAGAACAGUAAUCUGUAGUCUAGAGGCAUUAUCUGAUUUGGAGAGGUUGUGUUGUGGAGGAUGGUGAUGCUGAAAGUUAGAGUUUGGGGAUAGUUUAGUGGUUUAUUAAUGAUUCCGUUGUGAAACUAAUAUUGUUAUCUCAUUCUCUACAGAGGAUAUUUGCUGUUUGAUAAACUUACAGCAAACGUUGAUAAAGUUAGUGAGGCCUACCUGUGAAUAUGUUUAAAACUACUGACAAAAUGAUCUGAAGUCAAAAGCAAAUGAUAAGACUACGGUUAUUAGCUAAGAACCUACAUUAUUACCAUAUUCCUACAUCAAUAUAAUAAUACAUAAACCCACCUGGUUAAAUAUGUGACUCGACUGUAUUAUCUUCUUUGGGUUAAUGUAUUUAAACUGAAAAUAAAACGUUUCCAGUAAUCAUAU